UGUAGUACUAAGUAAAGUAGGUACCUACAUGGAGUACCUAGCACUCGAAACUCGAGUUUGCUGAGUCUACGCAGUCAAUAGAAGCCACUCAAAAUCUUUAGACAAAAAGUAGUACUAGGUCUUCAAUAUAAAGUACCUAGCUAUUGUGAAUAUGCCAAUCUUAUGAAUAAAUUUUAUAAUUACAGUUUCGUGACAGUAUGAUCUGAGAGCAAUAAUGUUUAUAACAAGUUUGUGUUACUUUUUUCUCCUCAUUAUUUUGAAUAAAUCUUAUUGCGAAGAAUUUAAUCUUUAUGGGGACGCUGGCCAAGCUUAUGCUUUGGAAAUUAACGUUGGACAUCCUGAACAAAAGUUAAGUGUGUUAGUGGACACAGGCAGUACUACACUGGCUAUUGCUUCUUAUGCUAGAAAAGACAGUAAUAAAUAUUUCCGUUCUGAAAACUCUACAACCUUAAACAACAGUGGUAAAGAGGUGCAAGCAAAGUACUCUCAAGGGACAUGGGUUGGCCACUUAGCAUCAGAUCUUGUAAAGUUUUCAUCUCUGAAAUCAGUACCAGAAGUGAGGUGUGAUAUUGCUCUCAUAACAAAGAGUCAUAAGUUUUUCAUGAACGGUUCAGGAUGGCAGGGACUUCUUGGCUUGGCUUAUUUACCUGUAGGUGCGUGGGGUGAGAAUGUUGUAGUCGGAUCAUGGUUGGACUCAGUUGAAAAAAAUUUGAACAAGCCAAUGUCUUUCCAACUCAAGCUAUGCGGUGUUCAGAGCUUAACGAAUGCCACACACUAUGGGAAAUUUGAGAUGUUUGAUGACAGUAUGACAUCUUCGAAAAGUGGAGUUAUAUAUCGCACCCCUAUUCUACGGAAAAGAUGGUACGAAAUCGGUGUUCUAGCUGUCAGAAUAUCGACCCCUCUGAACGAGUCUACAAAUACAUCGUUAAAAUCUUUUGAGAGCAACCGAACCAUAAAUGACAGUGCUGAUAAUCAUUAUAGAGAAACAUGUAUAAAACUUAAUGAAGAAAAGAGUAUUGUUGACAGUGGUACCACUAAUAUAAGGUUACCAGACAUGGUCUUCAGGGAGGUGGUGAACGAACUCCGCAGUGCAGCUCAGACUUCGAAUAUGCUUAUUCUAGAUGAAUUUUGGUAUCAUGGAGAGGCUGCCUGUUGGCCCGAACCUCAGGAAUGGUCACUGCCGUCAAUAGCGAUUGACCUUCUGAGUACGGACGCGGAUAAUCAGUAUUUCACACUGGAAAUUCCACCACAAAAUUUCAUGCGAGUCGUUACAGCUCGUAAUAACAGCGGGGAAGGGGGCACCGUUUCGGAAUUCUGCUACAAAUUAGGACUCGAAGCUGGUGGAAAAGAAACUGUACUAGGUUAUACAGCCAUGGAAGGUUUACAGGUACUAUUCAAUAGAUCAGCCGGGUGGAUCGGCUGGCAACCAUCCAACUGUGGACCUAAAGCGCGUAUAACGGGACCCCAUAACUAUUCCAUGUCCCUGACUCUUCUAUGCGAACUCACAAAACCUGUCCCCGAUGUAGCGGUAUCUAUAAAGGCAGCUCAGUGGACUCUAUGUGCCAUAUCAAUUAUAGCAGCAGCGGUUUUAAUAUAUUUAUUAGCACCAUGUAUAAAAAUGUUCCUCGUGAGACCGCUGCCGAGGUCUCAACAGAUUUCAUUGUCUCAAGCGGCGCUCGUUGAACAAGAAGCCUCGUAAUUAUGUUAAGUAUCGUUUAUGUAAAAUAUGCUUGAUUUUAAUAAUAAUAAUUGCAUUUAAAACGUUAUACUUUAAAAAAACAGAAUCCACAAAGAAUAUUUUUAAGCUUAUAAAAAUCUCUAUAUAAAACAUUUUUUAAUGCAAUUAUUCAUAAAAGAGACACGCCUAAUGAUUUCUGAAUGUAUAUUGUAAUACUUUGCUGCAUUUAUAUUGCAGUAUUAAAAAAAAAAGUGAUAAAAUGGAGCGAAAGGGGAUUGUGUUUCGGCUUGGACUGAAGUCGCUGUAAAAGUGCAUCAUGAAUCGAAGUAGGCAUUCAGUAUUCAAAUAUUUAUUUAUAAGGAUAUUCAUUUUUAAUUUAAUUUAUUUUUGGCAUUUAAUUUACGCUUACGAGAUAAUCCCCUUUGCCUAUGUAAAAAAAAAAGUAAAUGUGUCAUAAAAUCAACAUUGAUCUCCAUCGUCCUUAAAUAAUAAUGGUGCCUAUAUUUCUUAAGGAUAUUUAUUAUUAAAAUAAGUGGCAAUCGACUUAAAAUUAAAGGAAGAUGAAAGUGUACGAAAAUCUCUUUAAUUAUAAGAUCUUUUAGAUUUUAAUGAAAUUUGUUCAUGAUUACCUACACAUAAUUUAUAUACAGUAAAGCACCAAACUGUCUACUCGGUGAUAUGAUAU